AGCAAUGUAUGUGUUUCAGCAAACAGUCUUCAUUCGUUCUCAUUGCUCUUAUCUGGAUCAUUUCGAUAGGGCAACACAUUGUGGUCGAAGGCAUUUUUGGAUGUACACUUUACUACGCAGACAUAAACUGGGGAUUCAACUUCAAGCUUGAUGGGCUGUGCCUCCCUCUGGUAAAUUACUCGAACACGACAAAGCAAUAUGUUAUGGCUGGUCUGGUUGGUUCAGCGGACGCAAUAACAAUGGUGAAACUGCGCCUUUCCGCAAAAAUGCUCUCCGGUGACUCAAAACAAGCUAAGGCCAAACGGAAAGCAGACGUCAACUUUUUCAAGCAGUCUCUGGCGCAAUUUUUGAUAUGGGUCCUUGAAAUGACGAGCUACUUCUUUAUUUCGGGAUAUUUUCCCGGUAACAAGAUUGUUUUAUGGAUACUACAAAAUUGGGCUUGGCUGCUUAUGCAUACUGCCGAUGGAAUUUCACUGCUCGCCAUAAAUCAAGAACUAAAAAAAUUAUUCCGGAAUCCAACGGCG